CUUGGAAGUCGAAUGCCAACUCAAAAUCAAAUACGAUGGCGUCGCGCCUGCGAGCUAUGGAUAAACGCGCGUACUACCUUGGAAUGGGACUCGGAGUAUGUACCGUUACAGGACUGAGCCUAUACAGAAUGCCGCUAUCCCAGCCAGCACAGGAUCGUGUAUUCUUCUUGGGAAUCGGAUUGGGAGCAUGCGCUGUUGUCGGUCUCAUGCGACAUCUCCUAGAAAACUAUCGCGAUGCCGCUGCCUUGCCGCCUGCCGAAAAUAAGACUCAAUAUAUCGAUCAGAAAGUCGAGGAUUCGUUGAAAGUUUCAACUCUCGACAAGCUCCUCGACAGCACAAACUAUUCCAUCCAGGAAACGACGUCCAUAAUAAUCUGUGAGCGCGCAAUAUACGACCAGACUACACUCGAUACCAUUCUUCACUACAUAACUCGACCAGAUUACGACACUAGGGAGAAAGGCAUCAAGGCCUUGUCCUACAUGGUCCAUCAAUGUACGACAAAGACUCGCCUUACCAUUGAACUUGCACUAAUAGCAGUUAGCCACAAUACACCUUGUAAAUAAACCAGAUACCUAUUCUGCGCUAGUAAAAUCACUCGAAUACAGCCUUACCGACUACGAACACAAUCCAUAUGAUGUCGAAUGGGACAAUUGGCAACUUCGGGAUGGCGUUGAACAAGAAUGCUUACUGUUUUUAAGUCAGUUAGUGGAUCAUUUUGGUGUCCAAGGAUUGAUCAAGGCACGCUUUGUUGAACGCUUCUUGGGAAAGGAACCUUGGGGCAACGACGACUGCAAACGACAAGUCAACUUCCUCCAAUCGCUACGGACGCAAAAUCAGCUGAACGGCCUUUGCCUUCCAUUAAUAAGAAAUUCAAGUGGACGGAAACAACUCAUCAAGACAAAACUUUUACCUGUGGAUUUUGAGUGGGAUUUACCAAGCUCUAGAGACGUAAGAAUGACAAAUGGUGAAGGAACUGCAGGGGAGGACUUUGACGGCAUGUUUGUGGAAGGGGGUAGAAGGCGGAGAGAACAAAGCUCAGAGGAAGAUUCUAUUCGCAGACGGCACCGAGAAGCAAUGGUAUUAAAUGAUGGAACGAGACCACUUGGAAGAGAGGAUAUCUUUCAACGGCAGAGUUGAAAGAACGCCAACCAGAACACUUUUGUAUCCAUCCAUGCCGCCAAAUGUGUUUCUAUUCCAAAGAAAUCUCGCUAUGGGGUAAACAUUUCUCAAAGAGCAAAACGAUGAGAAAAGCCCGUGGGCUAUCGAGGGAUUGAGCCAGCGCCUUGAAGGAAGGUACGUUGGAAUCAACAGUUUUCAAACCAGUUCUGGUCCAAUCAGAACCAUCUGGUCAAGGCUUGAGUUUGUUCAAGACUACCACCAACACGGGAUGAAAUAUCAAACGCAGGCGGUGAAGAUUAUCCAGUGCUUUUCAAAUAUAAGCAUAUCAGGUAAGAUUCGGAGAGGGCCAUCCGGGUGGCCUAAAAGGACUCGGGUCGGGCCUUGUAUGGCUCAAUUAUUUCGAAGCCUAUGAUAAUGAUAAUGGUAAUUGAUGAAGGGCUUUGGAUUGAAGAGAUCAGUAGAUAACAGUAACUAAGUUGCUUUGUCUAAGCUCUUACAGCACUAUUCUGUAUGUUGUAACUCUAGACACCGCUACUAGAAUGGUUAUAUCUUUCUUCAAAGUGAUGGAAAAGUUUAUGGGAAUAGCUACUUGUAUUGUCUUAAAUAAGUAGAACAACACAUUUCAAAGAAAG